AUUGAGUCACCGACCACCUUCAAAUUCUUUGCAAGGCACCUUCCACGAGAGAUGUCCACACCUUUUUCAUCAUCAACAUCCCUGCAUUAUUGAGCCACCUACUCCCUUCAAAUUAAUUCCUUGCUUCUUCUUUUUCAUCCCAACCCAUCUUCACUCUCUUUCAUCGAUCUUUCCAGCAUAAAACUUUCCUCUUUUGGAUGUUCUAUUUCUGCUAAAUCUUCUUGUUCAAAGGCUUCUCCACUUGCAUAUUCAGCUCCGAUCCAGUUAGCAUUCAUAAGCAAAGCUUAAGGCAAGGGAGAUCAAAUUAGUUGUUCAAACACAAUGGAACCCAUCCUGUCCGUGGUUGCUGAACCUCUUUUGUCAGCUACUUUUGUUUGGAUGCUCCAGAAGUUGGGUGGUGUCAUUUCCAGCAAUUCUCAGGGAUUACAGGAAGAGGUCCUUGAUAAUUUGAAAAAUUGGAGGACCUUGCUACCGCAAAUCUGUGGUUUGCUCAGACAUGCAGAAGAGAAGGAACUCUAUGACAAUUUCGUGAAGAUCUGGCUUGAUGAUCUCAAGGACUUGGCUUAUGAUAUGGAGGACGUUUUUGAGGAAUUAAAGGCUGAUAUUGAUGUUCAGUGGAGCAACUUGAUAGCAAAACCUCAACAAGCCAGCAGCAGCAAAUUUAUCCCACCUACAUGCUUCUCUUGUUUCAAAGGCAAUGAUUUCAAGUUUGAUUCCGACAUUACUUCUAAGGUGAAGGAUAUUUCUAACAGGUUGAAAGGCAUGGUAGACACAUCCACUGCACUAGGACUAGUGAGUUUAAAAGUGCAAGUUCGAGAACGGCCCAAUAGAGGAGAUGCAGUAAGGCUCACCACUUCUCUGCCUGAUUCUCAUGUUUGUGGUCGAGAGAGUGACAAAGCAGACAUUCUUCGGGAGUUGUUCAAUGAUGAAGGGAGUGAUAAAGGAUAUUCUGUAAUUCCCAUUGUUGGAAUGGGAGGUGUUGGAAAAACAACAUUGGCUCGACUUGUUUACAAUGAGGUGAAAGAGGGAUGCUUUGAACCUAAAGUAUGGGUUUGUGUGUCCAAUCAAUUCGAUAUUUUGAGCAUAACAAGAAGAAUUUUAGAGGCAGUAUCUAAUGACCGGCGUGAUUUGAAGGAUCUUAAUCUGCUUCAGGAAGAAUUGAAGGAAAAAUUAUCUUCUAAGAAGUUUCUUCUUGUUUUGGAUGACGUUUGGAAUGACGUCCACCAAGAAUGGGAGACCCUGCAAAAACCUUUCAAAUCAGGAUUAGCUGGAAGCAAAAUAAUAGUCACAACUCGUAAUGAGCGUGUUGCAGUAAUCAUGGGUGGGAAAGACAAGAUUUGCCAGCUAAAAGAAUUAGAAUUUGAACAAUGCUUGCCAAUUUUAGCUCGGCAUGCCUUAGGAGAAGAAAACUUUGAUGCACAUGGAAGUUUGAAAGAAGUUGGAGAAGAAAUUGUUAAAAGGUGCAACGGAUUGCCAUUGGUUGCCGAAGUCCUAGGGGGUCUCUUAUGUGGUAAGCCUGAAGUUGAAGAUUGGAAAUACAUAUUAAACAAUAAAAUGUUGAAUUUGCAAGUGGGCAAAAACGGGAUUUUGCCACCCUUGAUGCUGAGCUACCAUGAUCUUCCUUCUUAUUUGAAGCAAUGUUUUGCAUGUUGUGCUUUGUUUCCUAAGGACUACCCAUUUAAGGAGGAUGAGUUAGUUAUGUUGUGGAUGGCAGAGGGACUCUUGCAGCAACAACCGGGGGAGCAAAAUAGAUUGGAAGAAAUUGGGCAUCAAUAUUUCCGUGAGUUACUUUCAAAAUCGUUUUUUCAGCAGUCAAGUGGGAAUGAAUUAGAGUAUGUAAUGCAUGAUCUAAUACAUGAUUUAGCUCAAUUUGUUGCUGGAAGAACAUGCUACAACCUAGAUGUUAUCUUGAAGGAUAAUAAGAAACUUGAAGUGCAAUUUGAGAAGGUCCGUCAUUUAUCAUUCCCCUGUGAUAAUUAUGGUAUCUCUGAGAAAUUCAAAGUUUUGAAUGAAAUGAAGAGUUUACGGACGAUGAUUCCUGCUAAUCCAGAAGCUGCUUGGUGCCAUUUAUCAAAGACAGUGGUGCUUGAUUGGAUACCAAAAUUAAGGUGCUUAAGGGCAUUAUCUCUUCAAGGUUAUCAGAUAAGAAAACUACCAGAUUCAAUCAGAGAUUUAAAAUGUUUAAAGUACAUUAAUUUGUCUGAAACUAGGAUACAAAGUCUACCUGAAUCAAUAGUUUUCCUCCUCCAGUUACAGACAUUGUUGUUAUUCAACUGUAGAAGCUUUUCAAAGUUUCCUGUGGAAAUUGGGAACUUAAUUAACCUCCAUCAUCUGGACAUUAGGGGAACAGAUUCCUUGAAAGAGAUGCCAUCCGGAAUAGCUAAUCUCAAAGAUCUGUUGACACUGGGCAAAUUCAUUGUGGGGAAGGAAAAUGGAUCGAUGAAAUUAUCUGAUUUGAAUAACUUUUUGCAGCUGGAAGGAGCACUCUCUAUUCUAGAUUUGCAUAAUGUAUUGGAUGUUCAUGAUGCUAGGAAGGCCAGCCUGGACAAGAUUGAUGGUCUUGAUUGGUUGCUCUUGCAAUGGACUUCUGAAUUUAGCAAUUCUAGGAAUGAAGACAAGGAAAUGGAGGUCCUUAGCAGGUUAAAACCACAUCUAAAAUUGAAAAGUCUCUCAAUUAUUUGCUAUGGUGGCAAGGAAUUCCCGUCCUGGUUUAGUUGUCCGUCAUUUUCUCAUUUAUCAUACUUGAAGCUGUGCAAGUGUAGAAGAAGCACUUCGUUACCAUCACUGGGGCAAUUACCAGCACUCAAAGAAUUGAUUGUGGAAGGCAUGGAUGCAAUAGAAACGGCUGAUUCUAAGUUUUAUGGGCAUGGCACUUUUCAAGCUCUUGAGAAGCUGAAGUUUCGUGACAUGUUAGCUUGGCAGGAAUGGACUUCAACAACAGAAGGUGGAGUGGGAUUCCAAUGUCUUUGUGAGCUUGUGAUUGAAAAUUGUCCUGUAUUGAUGGGAGAAUUACCGAGCCACUUGUCUUGUCUUAUAAGUCUUGUGAUCAGAAGAUGCCCAGAAUUAAGAUGCCCAUCAUCAUCCAUGAGUCUUCAAUCACUACAAAAGCUGAAUAUUGAAGACUGUAAUGCGGCCCUUUUAAAUAGCAUGGCUGAUCUCACCUCUCUUACUGGCUUGGAAAUUAAGAGAAUUUCAGAACUGGUUUGCUUGCGUAAGAGUUUUAUUGAGUCCUUGAUAGCAGUUGAGAAGCUGGAGAUUGAAGAAUGCCCUGAGCUUACUUGUUUAUGGGAGGAAGGUGCUGAGGGCCUUCUUCCUUUCAAUCUUAAACGUCUCACCCUCUCAAGCUGCAAGGCUCUAGAGUCAUUGACUGAUGCGAUGAUGAUGAAGGUAGAUGGAAGCAGUAGCAGCAACAACAUGUUGAGACUUGAAUCAUUAAGCAUCUACAAUUGUGAUUCUCUCAAGUCUUUACCCACCACCACGGUUAAACACUUGACAAUUAAUAAAUGUGCAAAUUUUGCGUCUUUACCAGAUGGAGUAUUAUUGCAAGAUGAUGGUGACAGCAAUAGCAAUCUUGAAUCUUUGACAAUAGAUGGACUUCCAUCUCUAAAUUCUGUUGGGAGUGGUCGUCUGCCCGCUUCUCUCAAGGUAUUUAUUGUUGACGAUUGCAAGAGGUUGGAAUCAUUUCCAGAGAGGAUGCUGCAACAUUGUACGGAAGUUGAAUGCAUUCGAAUUGUGGAUUGUGAAGUAUUGAGAAGCUUGUCACUUGAUGGCCUCAGCAAUCUUCGUGCUUUGAACAUUAGAAGGUGUGCAGUUUUAGAAUUCUUCCCAGAAAUGGGCCUCUCCUUGCCCAAUCUUAGGUCUUUGACAAUUGUAGACUGUCCAGGGUUGGAGGGCAUUCUAGAUGGGGGUUUUCCCCCAAACUUAACAGAUCUUUACUUAGACUUUGAGCAUCUGAAGCAGCCGGUAGUGAAACGGGGCCUCCGCAAUCUUACCUCUCUUCAAAGCUUUAGCAUUUAUAACACGUGUCAUCCUCUUCUGGAUAUUGUGCUUCCUUCUUCUUUAACAUCUCUAUACAUAGAAAAUGCAAAGAAUCUGAAAUCCAUACCCAGAGGGCUCCUCCAAAACCUCAACUCUCUUCAAUCUUUAUGGAUUUGGGACUGCCCAAAGCUACGGUCCUUGCCGAGGGAAGGCCUGCCUCCGUCGCUUGGAUUUCUCACGAUCGUUCGGUGUCCACAUCUAAAACUUCAACGCUUUGAGGAGAAAGGAGAAUAUUGGUCUCUCACCCGUACCAUCCCUCGCGUCCAAAUAGAUUUAUAUGAGGUAAAACCUACACUCAAACUCACACUCUGAUGUAGAGACAAACAAGGAUAGCCUCUUCUUCUUCUUCUUCUAAUUGUUGGAAGCUAACUUUUCUUACACAUAUUCAUCAGCUAUAACCACCAAAGCCAAUUGUUACCUAAGCGAAAUCUGGAAUGAAGAUACAGACUUAUUACUGAGGUACCAUAUUACUACCAGAACACUACUUGGGAAACCUAUAUUUUUGGAGAUAGCUUCCUUGUAGAUACCAUGAUUCUUGUGCCCGGGCUCAGUUUGCGAAUUGUGUGUGCAGAACCAACUUUUCCAUUUGAUCUAGGGUGGGGAGCCGACCAGACAGGCCAGUAGACCAAGUUGUUGUUCUUUGGCAAUGUUUAAUUCUCAGUUAUGUCCAGUUAGCUUAAACAAUUGUAAGUGCAACUUUGCAAGAACACCAUUUUACUUGUAAAUACUAUAAAAUCGUCCUCUAGUU